UUGUUGUGUCGGCGACCGAGAGUCGAUCUUCGAGCUCGAGUUCGAAAAAUCGAGUUGUAUUGUAGGUAUUUCACGUUAAAAACAUUCCUGUCUAAUUAAUCUGUAUAGCGUUCUCUUGUUAUCAUCAUUAAUGUUUAAUCGGCCUUUGUUUUAAUUAGUGAGCCUCGCGUUGCAGACUCAUAACGCGUCUGUUGUCGUGUUCUUUGUAUCAGUGAGGCCAAUAGUAUCUUGGUAAUUAUCAAGAUUAUGUGCCUGGUUGACAGCUGAAUUGAUCGAGGGAUAGAAGAUAAGAUUUCAUUUUGUGUAAAUAUUUAAUCAGAUUGUCUUAGCCAUGAGUGAGCGUCCGCAGCCGUUGAAAGCCGUAAACCGGUUUUUCGAAGGGAAGGAGCCAUGGCAGAUCGUAACUAUGACCGCCUCCUCCAUACUAGCAUUAGUUUGGGCACACAGUCUCUACAAUGCCAAAGAAAGCCCCACCACAAGACUACGUAAACAAUUCUUCCAUUGGCUGCGCCAAUUACCAAUAGUGAGGAAGACUAUAGAGAAGAAAAUGGCAGAAAUCAAUAAAGAUUUCCGAAAGGACGUCAACAAACGCUUGGCUGGUGUCACGGUUAGGAGAGAGCUGCCGGCUACUGGGCUGAGUCCUGAGCAAGUGGCUGAAGAAGUCAGAGACCACCUCAGCUUAGGUAAUUAUGACUGGAAGAACGGCAAUGUGUCCGGGGCAGUGUAUCACACCAACGAAGAGAUUGCCAAAGUCGCCUGCGAUGCGUACGCUCUGUCUGCGUACACCAAUCCACUGCACUCAGAUGUAUUCCCUGGGGUAAACAAGAUGGAGGCUGAAAUAGUGCGCAUGGCUGCCAAUUUGUUCCAUGGAGACGACAACUGUUGUGGGACGGUCACAACAGGCGGUUCAGAAUCCAUCAUGAUGGCGUGCAAAGCGUUCAGAGACUACGCUUACAACAAGGGCAUAUCCAACCCUCAGAUAGUGGUGCCCACUACAGUCCAUUGCGCCUUUGAUAAGGCUGCGCAAUACCUGGGAUUAUCUGUGAAGUCGGUACCAGUUGACCCUGAGACGCUGUGUGUUGAUAUCGCGGCGGUCAAGAGGGCCAUUGGCAGGAGGACCUGCUUGAUCGUAGGCUCAGCGCCGAACUUCCCCUACGGAACGAUGGACGACAUCGCGGCGUUGUCUGACAUCGCUCUUGAGUACGACGUGCCUUUGCACGUAGACGCGUGCCUGGGAGGCUUUGUGGCGGCGUUCAUGGAACGUGCGGGUCACAAUGUACCAACAUUUGAUUUCCGACUGCCUGGCGUUUGUAGCAUGUCAGCUGAUACCCAUAAGUACGGAUAUGCGCCAAAAGGCACCUCAGUGGUUUUGUACCGCAAACCGGAAUACCGGCACUACCAGUAUACCGUCACGACCGACUGGCCCGGCGGCGUAUACGGCUCACCCACUGUCAACGGCAGCCGCGCGGGCGGUCUGAUCGCGGCGUGCUGGGCGACCAUGAUGCACGUGGGAAUGACGCGCUACGUGCAAAUGACCGAUGAGAUUAUCACCACCACACGAUACGUGGAGCAGGAGUUACGCAAAGUCGAAGGCAUCUUCAUUUACGGUAAACCAGCGACCUCCGUCAUCGCUUUCGGCUCGAAGAGGUUCGACAUCUUCAAGCUGGCUGAAUUACUGCACAAGAAAGGAUGGAGUAUGAACGCCUUGCAGUUCCCUUCAGGCAUCCAUAUCUGCAUAACGCACGCACACACGGCGGAAGGCGUGGCUUCCCGCUUCGUGACCGACGUACGCAGCGCUGCGCACGAGUGUCUUACUACCUCCUCCGGGCCUGUGGAGGGAAAGAUGGCCAUUUACGGUGUCGCACAAGAGAUAUCAGACAGAAGCCUCGUAUCUGACAUCACCAAAUACUUCAUCGACUCCAUGUACUACCUGCCCGAACAGUCUGAGGAAGACGCGAAGAAAUAAAGCAUUCCACUACUAUUCCUAUUGAAGCGUUUUAAAUAAUCACAAAUAUUUGUAACUAUU